CUUAGCAGAUGCGCUGGCCCCAGGUUGGGGCUGUGCCGCGUCUUUCCCUGGACGUCGGGAGCAGCAGGCGGCAGCCGCACCACGCUGGAGCGGAGCCGGAGGACUGCGCCCUCGGAACUGGCGCCUAGAGAAGCCUCCCCAGCUUUCUGAGGAUGCUAACCAGCUGAGAAGCAAGCAAGACAACUGUGGUGACAGUCGCCUGGAGCCUGCCGCCAGCUCUCUCUCCCCAGAUCACAAAAACAUGGAAAUUGGGGUGUCCGUGGCAGAAUGUAAAAGUGUACCUGGAGUCACCUCUACCCCCCAUUCCAAGGACCACUCCCCCCCUUUCUAUUCGCCCUCACACAAUGGCCUCCUCACUGAUCGCCUUGAGGCUUUAGAUAACGAUGUCGCCAGAGAGAUCCAGUACCUAGAUGAAGUGCUGGAGGCCAACUGCUGUGAUUCCUCUGUGGAUGGAACUUACAACGGAAUCUCCUCCCCAGAGCCUGGUGCAGCCGUACUGGUAAGCGGCUUAGGGUCACCUGGCCACUCAGUCCCAGAGGCAGAGCCCACUGAGAAAGCAUCCGGUAGGCAGGUGCCUCCUCACAUCGAGCUCAGUAGAAGCCCCUCAGACAGGAUGGCUGAAGGAGAAAGAGCCAAUGGACACUCCACUGACCAGCCCCAAGACCUGCUGGGGAACAGCCUGCAGGCACCUGCCAGCCCCAGUUCCUCUACCAGCUCCCACUGCUCCUCCCGAGAUGGGGAGUUCACACUCACCACACUGAAGAAGGAGGCCAAGUUUGAGCUGCGUGCCUUCCACGAGGACAAGAAGCCCUCCAAGCUCUUUGAGGAGGACGAGCGCGAGAAGGAGCAGUUUUGCGUCCGGAAAGUGAGGCCCUCUGAGGAGAUGAUAGAGCUGGAGAAGGAGCGGAGGGAGCUCAUCCGGAGUCAGGCUGUGAAGAAGAAUCCUGGCAUCGCCGCCAAGUGGUGGAAUCCUCCCCAGGAAAAAACUAUUGAGGAGCAGCUGGAUGAGGAACAUCUGGAGUCACACAGAAAGUACAAGGAGCGCAAAGAGAAAAGGGCUCAGCAGGAGCAGCUACAGCUACAGCAACAGCAGCAGCAGCAACAGCUGCAACAGCAGCAGGAGCAGCUACAGCUACAGCAACAGCAGCAACAACUGCAACAGCAGCAACAACUGCAACAGCAGCAGCUGUCCACUUCCCAGCCCUGCACAGCCCCAGCUGCUCACAAACACCUAGAUGGUAUUGAACACACAAAGGAGGAUGUGGUCACUGAGCAGAUUGACUUCUCAGCUGCACGCAAGCAGUUCCAGCUGAUGGAGAAUUCCAGGCAAACACUGGCCAAGGGCCAGAGCACACCAAGGCUGUUCUCUAUCAAGCCUUUCUACAAACCUCUUGGAUCCAUCAAUUCGGACAAGCCACCGACCAUCUUGAGACCAGCUACUGUCAGGGGAACUCUGGAAGACGGUGGCACACAGGCAGCCAAGGAGCAGAAAGCUCCCUGUGUAUCUGAGAGCCAGUCUGCAGGAGCCGGUCCAGCUAAUGCUGCCACUCAGGGAAAGGAAGGGCCAUACAGUGAGCCUUCUAAACGUGGGCCCUUAUCUAAACUGUGGGCAGAGGAUGGAGAGUUCACAAGUGCCCGGGCUGUCCUGACUGUGGUCAAAAAUGAAGAUCAUGGGAUUUUAGAUCAGUUUUCAAGAUCGGUCAAUGUAUCUUUGACUCAGGAGGAGUUGGACUCAGGGUUAGAUGAGUUGUCGGUGAGGUCUCAGGAUACCACUGUCCUGGAGACUCUGUCUAAUGACUUCAGCAUGGACAAUAUAAGUGACAGUGGAGCUUCUAACGAGACACCCAGUGCCCUUCAGGAAAACUCCCUGGCUGACUUCUCUCUGCCUCAGACCCCCCAAACAGACAACCCCUCUGAGGGCCGAGAAGGGGUCUCCAAGUCAUUCAGUGACCAUGGUUUCUAUUCUCCUUCCUCCACACUGGGAGAUUCUCCAUCCGUUGAUGACCCCUUGGAAUAUCAGGCCGGGCUCCUGGUGCAGAAUGCCAUUCAACAAGCCAUAGCCGAGCAGGUGGAUAAGGCUGAGCCUCACACCAGCAAGGAGGGAUCAGAACAGCAGGAGCCUGAAGCGAUGGUAGAGGAAGCUGGAAGCCAGACUCCUGGCUCUGAGAAGCCCCAGGGCAUGUUUGCACCACCUCAGGUGUCCUCUCCUGUUCAAGAGAAAAGGGAUGUUUUACCAAAGAGCCUCCCUGUGGAGAACAGGGCACUCAGGGAAAAGGGGCCCUCCCAGCCACCGGCAGCUGUGCAGCCUGGCGGUCCAGUCAACAUGGAAGAGACCAGGCCUGAAGGAGGGUACUUCAGCAAGUACUCAGAGGCGGCCGAGCUGAGAAGCACGGCCUCUCUCCUGGCGACUCAAGAGUCUGAUGUCAUGGUUGGGCCCUUCAAACUGAGGUCAAGGAAGCAGCGGACUUUAUCCAUGAUUGAAGAAGAGAUCCGGGCAGCCCAGGAAAGGGAGGAGGAGCUAAAGCGGCAGAGACAAGUGAGGCAAAGCACCCCAAGCCCCAGGGCCAAGAACGCGCCAUCGCUGCCUUCUAGGACCACCUGCUACAAGACUGCUCCAGGGAAAAUAGAGAAAGUCAAACCUCCUCCAUCCCCCACAACUGAAGGUCCCAGCUUGCAGCCUGACUUAGCCCCUGAAGAGGCUGCCGGAACCCAGCGGCCCAAGAACCUGAUGCAGACCCUCAUGGAAGACUAUGAGACCCACAAAUCUAAAAGGCGCGAGAGAAUGGAUGAUAGUAGUUACACCUCUAAGUUACUGUCUUGCAAGGUGACUUCCGAGGUCCUGGAGGCCACACGGGUUAAUCGGAGGAAGAGUGCUCUGGCCUUGCGCUGGGAGGCAGGGAUUUACGCUAACCAGGAGGAGGAGGACAACGAAUAAACUGCCUUCAGCCCAGGAAACUCCUUUGCUGAAGGAGUUUCUGCAGAGAAACCAGGAAAUUAUUGAAUCAGAAGCAUUUUAAUAGACUACUUAUUGAAGUGCGUACAAACUCAACAACCCUCAUGUAGACCAGAAGCUGCAAUACACAAUGAUUAAAAAAAAAUUUUUAAAAAUUAAAAAAAAAAAAAAAAAGCAAAAAAAGCGAAGCGAACAGGAAGUUCACCCAUCAGACCAGGGGCAGAAAAGAAAGGAUAUCUUUGUGACUCAAAGAAGCCCCUGGCUUUGGACUAUUCCACAACUGAUCCAAAGGGACACAGACGUGACAAACGAGUCAAUGUAGUUGCUGCAGGCAGAACUGAAGCCAGCCUUGGCUGGGUGUGGCGGAGGAGCAGGCAGUGACGUGGCCAUUCCAAGGCAACCCGCAGGGUCCAGCCUGGUGCACCCGCUGUGUGCGGGCUAUCCUCCACAUCAGCUUCCCAUCCCAGUCUCGCCUGAGGCAUCAGAAGUGUUGGGUUGACUCCAUUUUCUCCAGCAGCCAUAAAAAACGAGUGGUGUUUCUUUCCAUAAUUGCCCCGAAAGGGGGGCAGUGGGGAUUCAAUCUCUCUUACACAUAGUCAUUUGAAGUUGGGAACACUUAAUGGUCACAAUAUGUAAAGUCCGUAUUUUUAAGGCAAUAUCUCUUCAUGUUGCAGAUGCAAUCAAUUCUACAGCAGGAGGUUGAGAACAGUGGGGGGGGGCUGGGGGGGGGGGGAGAGCCAAACCAAAAGGGUUAUUAGCUUUAGGACUUUGUCUGCUUUUAUUGUUGACUGAUCAGCUUAGGGAAACACACUUUCACGAUUAUGUUUCUUCAUAUGAAAAGUAUAUUUAGUGAGCAAUGACUAUUUUUAUGAUGGGAUGGGGGAACAGGAACACAGAUGAAACCUGUACACAUUUGAACAGCUUGGUUCAAGAAGGUAGGGGUAUUUUUAGAAUGGCAAUAAUUGAAAAUAAAAGGGGGCAGACUCCGCCUUAGGAAGGUAAAUGGUCAGAAAUAGGGUGUUUACACAACUAUUUUCUAUUUUAAAGUGAGCCUUAGAGGUGGUUGUAGCGUAGGAUGAGUUGUUUUGGACCUGAGAAAGGAAACCUUAAACACAUGGAGAUAGAAAGAGAAAGGGGUGAAAGGGUCAAAGAAUGAGAGAGGAAGGAAGGGAGGAGGGAGGGAGGGAGGAAGGAAGGGAGAUUAUUUUUGCUGACAACCAGUGAUUUUCAGGAUGACAAAGAGAAAAAUAUAGAAAUUUAAGUGCAAACGUGGAAUCAGCUACAAAUCCUAAAGAUGGUGUGUAUGCCUUUGUGUGCUUGUAUAAAGCAUGUGUGUUUGUGAAUAAAGGUUUGCCAGUGGUGUGUGUGUGUGUGUGUGUGUGUGUGUGUUGAUCAUGACACAUGGGUGUACAGUAUUUCCUCCGUAGCUGCCUGUCGGCUUCAGGAGUGAAUGACAAUUUUCUUUUUUAUGAAAAGGGAUAUAAAGGCACAGGGCGGAUGCAGUAUUUCUAUAUUGAGCUGACCUAACACGGUAUUUGCAUGAGUCGAAGUUGUGAAGUUUUGAGCAGUUUUGUAUUGAUAAUUUGACAUUUAGAACACACCUUAUUUAUUCUCAUGCUUUAUGUCCCUGCCUCAUGUACCACAGAGGAUGCCAGCUUCACUCUUCCUGUCAUUUCAAGCAAUAUGAUAUGACUAAUUAGGUGCCCCAAGUUUCUGGAUGAGAAAACGGUUCACUUCUGGCAGGGGAAGGGGAGGAAGAAGGAGGGGGAGAAGGCAUGGAAGGGGAAGGAGGAAGAAAAAAGAACUAACCAGCUUUCAUUAUUUUUCCUUUAUUUUAAAGCUAUUUCUUACAAGCAAUAAUUAAAUUCGACCUUUCUAAAAUUCAUUUUUGUUUUAUGUUAUUAUGUCAUAAGUUCUAAUAUGUUAUUCUAAUAAGUAGCGACUCCACAAUAUUUAUAUGUACACUCCACACGUUAUCUUAGCUUUUUUUUUUUUUUUUUGUAUUAAACUAGUAUAUUGACUUUGGGGAAAAGCUUAUUCACUGAUAAGUAGUGGGCACAAAAUAAAAAGAUGGAGUUGUCUUAUGGUUUAUAAGGAUGCUUAAAAACUCCAAGGCAGAUAAUGCAGUUGCUAGCCAAAAUCGUAAGUUGAGAGUGCUCACCAUCUUUGAUGGCGCAUUCUUUUAGACAUAAUGUCAUUAAAAAUGCUAACCACUGAGGACAGAAAGCAAAGGCAGAGAACUCUGCUGCAGGGAAUGUGCUUUAUAGUGAGGGAGGUGGACCCAGAAGCCAAUGUCUCAGAUUAGAAGCCCCACUAGGUAGAUGGGCCCACUGGAGAAGGAUCUCUUUGUCUAAGGAUUUCCAGUUGGAGGCCCCAAAUGCCCGGCCUGUUUACACAGUGAGAUGAAGGUUCCUUCCCUAGAGGACCGCGGGGGUUAGGACGCAUGGGGCGGGGGAGGUAGCUACCGCAUCCGGUGCCUCCCUGCACUCACGAACAGUGGCAGAGCCCAUGGAGAGCAGGCUAGUACUAGGAGCGGUACAAGAAAGCAAGCAAGCUAUUCCAUGUCUUCUGGUGUCUGCUAGAGACUGUGGGGGCAUCAUGACUUCCUUAAAUUUCUUGUCCUGUUUAGAAGGGAAAUGUGGAGUCUCGCGGAGGUUACACUGAGGAAAGAAUUGGCAGCCGGCGCCCACACACUCCGUGGAAUUCCUUCGGUGGCAGAUGAAGUGGUCUUUUGAUGGCAGUAGAUUGAAUAGGAAGUUCUGAAGGUUGAGGGAAUAGACUCCAUGAGUAGGUGAGACACCCUGUCUCUUCCUGCUCUCAGGGCUUUUAUCGCUGGCCUCUCCGUUUCCCAGUUUUGCUCUUUUCUCUGAACUGCCCUCUAAAGAUGGCCAUCUGUUUCCCAGCUUCCCACCCUGACAGUUCUAGUGUAUUCUAUUAAGGUGGAAAUCACCCCUCCAUCAGAGAGCCAGCUCUUUUCUGUGUUCUCUGAGGGUUUUUUAUUUUUUAAUUUGGGGGGGGGUUGUUUGUUUUGUUUUGUUUUGUUUUCUCUCAUUCUAGAAACAUUUGAGCCAUUGCUGUGGACAUAUCACUGUGCUAGGCUCUAGGAUCCCACGUGGGCCCCUGUCACUUUCCCAGUAUGGAGCAGAUCCUGGAGGAAAGUCUCCCCUGCCCCUUAAGCCUGAGAUGAGGAGGCUCAGUAUUAGUUGAGCCUCGGAUACUCGGCUCUACCCUGCAUCGGUGCACAAGCUGCUUAGUCUCAGCUGUAAGAAAUGUUUAGCUUCUGUAGAUGUUAAAAACCUUCCUGAAGGAACCCCACACUGCAGUGUUUAUACUCCAGAGCACUUUCCUCCAGAGCCUAUGACUUGACAGCCUCGCCUUUCUCCUCUAGAAAUGAGGGACGCAGGGUCUGCCAGUGGCAGAGGCUGGGCAGCACUUGGAUUACAUGGUGCAUGUCCCUUCCUCUUACCCAUGCAUGCUGCCCACCCUAGGCAAUGGCAUAGAGACAGUAUGUAGAUCAGUAUCCACCCACACACACUUAUACACAUACACACUCAGCGUGCAGCACACAUGCACUUACACACACACACACACACACACACACACACACGAACAAGGAACACCAAAACAGUGUUGAUUGUUGUGUUUAAAGACGUUUUUUUUUUUCACCUGAAGAAUGGACUUAAACUAUGUAUUUAAAAAAAAAAAUAGCCUAAGUGUUAGAGAUGGUGAAUGUAUCCAGUUUCAGUUACAAAAACAAUUUCCUGAAUUUUAAAGCAUUCAGUGAGCUGCCAAUUUUGAUUUUGUGUUGCUCUUUAUCCAAAUGGCUUUUGCUUUUCUUUUCUUUCUUUCUUUUUUUUUUUUUUUAAAUUGGAGGAAGUGGGGGGCGGGGAGCAGCAAUAUUGUGUUUGAAAAAUUAUAGUCUGUACUGGCUUUCCUGUGUUACGUUAACCACUUAAAUGUUUUUAUUCUGCUUUGGUUUUAUAGUGUCUGUGAGGCAUUCGAUGCAACUAUACAGUUAUUUUCUCAUUAAAA